CUCCCAAACAGCUAAUGAGCAUGCAUCUCUCUGCCAGCCGUCGUUUCCUGGUUCAGUCAUUGGGCGGUUAAAGGCUCGAUUUGUGUACACGCUGGCCGUUUCCCUUGAAAGUGUUCGGACACCAAAACACUGAGGGUUUCUUCAGCAUCUUUGACAUAGCAGACCUACAGUCCAUCAUGAACCCUAGACUUACCAGAAACCAACAGAAGAAAAUCUGCUCCUGCUUUGGAAGAGUCAGACUGCAGCUGCUGUACAAGGCCAGCAUCCAUGGUUUCACUGGGGAAGCCUUUCACCAACGAUGUGACACCCGCUGUCCCACAGUCUCCGUGGGCUAUAAUGCCUCAGGUUACAUUUUUGGAGGCUACACAAAACAACCAUUCAGCCAGUCUGGAAAGUACAUGUCUGAUGACCAGGCCUUUGUUUUCACAUUUGGUAUAAAAAGGCUUAUUAAAUAUCCAGUCAUACAUCCUGCUUAUGCAGUGAGAAUGAUGGGUAACUCUGGACCAAAUUUUGGAGAUGCAUUGGUUUUUAUCAAUGAAAGCCAACCUGUGGUUGCUAGCAAUCGAAGCCAGUUUUACAACUUCAGUGCUGCAGAAAUGCAUGGCGAUGACCUCAAACUGACUGAGUUCGAAGUUUAUCAAGUUGAAGAAACGACUGAAAUGGAGAGGCCAUGGAGAACUGUCAUCUGGAAGUCUGAGACGAAAGCAGAGCUGAUGGAUAAGAUAAGGACCUACGAACUGUUGAAUCCCUCAGUGGCCAGUGUUCGUGUGCUACUCAUUGGGCCAGUCGGAGCUGGAAAGUCGAGCUUCUUUAAUUCUAUCAGCUCUGUAUUCAAAGGCCGUGUCACCAACCAGGCCAUGGCUGGAUGUCUGACCACCAGCCUAACCACACAGUUUCGCACUUACUCUUUGAAAGAUGGACGUCAAGGAAAGCCUCUGCCAAUCACCUUGUGCGAUACCAUGGGGCUUGAGGAAAACACAGGGGCGGGGCUUAAUAUAGGUGACAUCAUCAGCAUUCUCAAAGGCCAUCUGCCAGAUCGCUAUGAGUUUAACCCCUCUGUAACUCUGAGUUGGGACACCAAAGGGUAUUGUGCAUCUCCAGAGCUCAAGGACAAGAUCCACUGUGUGGCUUAUGUCGUUGAUGCUUGCAAAGUCUCCAUCAUGCCCUCAAAGCUGGAGGAGAAGAUGAAUUGGAUACGCAGAAAGAUCAACUCAUUUGGAGUUCCUCAGCUGGCACUGCUCACUAAAGUAGACGAGGCCUGUCCUUUGGUGGAAGAGGAUGUGAGAAACAUUUACCAGAGUUACUACGUCAAGCAGAUGAUGCAGGAGGCCAGCACUCGUCUCGGUCUGCCAUUGUCCUGCGUCAUCCCAGUGAAGAACUACAGCCAGGAGUUAGAGCUGGACCUGAACUGCGACAUCCUGCUGCUCAGUGCUGUCUACCAGAUGCUUUGUGUCACUGAUGACUACUUUGAUGAAAUCAGCGACCAACUCAGCAACAUGAAAACCAAGGAGUAGAAAU